AUGCCUCUCCCGCACGGAGGGCAACCAGGAGCUCCUGUGGUGGCCGGCCGGUCGCCGCUCCAGCAGCUCUUUCCUGCCGAGACGCGUUUUCGUGCGCACCUCGACAACCUGGCAUCUGGAGACAAGAGCAAGGAUGGCCGACGUCAGAGGGCAGGGUCUGCCCAGCACACUCGGCAAGCCGCUUCGCUCGACCUCGAUGCUCCCACGCGAAAAGCUUUGAAGCUGGGGCUCCUCCUGCCGGAAGAAGUAGCUCGCAUGACGAAACACCAGUCUGCUCCCCUGCCAGAGCGUCCUCGAGACAUUGAAGAGACUCAGUGUUGCGACGGUGAGCCAAGGGUGACUUUCGCCCAGCACCCGGCACUUGCGCACCUUUCUGAGGCAGAUGCCCAGAGGCUUGCUCUCCUUCUACCAGUUGUCACCACAGCCUCAUCCAAGAGUCAGACCUCGAAUGGCGAAGUGGAAACGAACGAGAAGCACGACAUUGCUUAUUUCGAAGACUGCACCCGCCCAGGCACAUUACGUUCAACGAGUCAAGACGUCUUGGGUGUAUUGUUCAAGAGGACCACGUCCCGGACGGCGUCUUUCGGCAGCACGUCAAUACCGCAAACGCCUUUCCAACCAACGUCCCCAUUACCAAUGCUAGGCAAGGGGCACAAGUCGUCGAGCUCGAAUGACCGUGUAGAUGACGAGGUUCGGUCUACGAUUUUGAACAAGGUCCGUGCCGCACGUGCCGUGUUUCGCACUAGACUCGCGCGCGGCGACUUCGACGACAGAACCGAGAUAGCGUAUUAUCGCACCUCAAAUGCUACCUUUGAUGAUGAGAUCGCGGACUCGAGAUCUACAGUCACUGCAGGGAAUGGACCAAAGAGACUUGCGCCACUCGAUUAUGCUCGUGCGUACUUCGUUGAAGCCGCUCGCGCUCGCAGGGAAGGAAGAAAAGGUCGACUACUGAGGCCACUGAUUCAGCAAUACCACACCGAGGGCCACAAGGCUUUCUUUGCCGUUCCAAAGACACCGGAUUUGCCUGUGGACGGUUUCCGCUUCCCCCGUCUUCCGACACUGCGCUUGCCUGCAGAUCCAGAGGCUGCUGAGGCGCCCAGCACGAAUGCAGGAGCUGAUACAACAGAGGCCGCCGACUUUGUGCAACCUGGAGAAAACUCUGCCGAGCAACACAACAGGAGCGACACGCCAGACAGCACGGUGACCAUGUUGCGCUUCAUCAAGAAGACUCGAAGUAGAAGCCGUCGAGGCAGCGAAAGCAGCGGCGACGGCAGUGACAAUCAAUCCUCAGACGUCGAAUCCAUCCUUGUCAAGUCUCCCGCUCAUCCGCCCGUGCUCCCAGAGCUGCACUUCGGGAACCCAUCAGAACAAGGCGAAGAGGCCUUGGGUCUUGCACGCAUGCACUCGAUUGCGCGACGGUAUGGUGGGCACGAGUGGCAGAUGAACGAGACUCAGUCUUUGCGCAACGACAAUGGGAACACGGUGGCUGGCAUUCGCAGCCGUAAUGACACCUUGAACGAUGAAAAUGGUCAGGUUUUGGUUCGCGAGACUACAGAUCUGUCAGCACACGAACAGAAGAGUACAAACGGCGUGGCCACGAGCCACAAUCAGAGCAAGAUCAUUACCUCAGCAAAGAGCGUUGAGCUCUUGCGAGGACCGCAUCACGGCGCGUCUGUGAAGCAGACACAUCCUCUCAGUCCUCUGCGUCUCGCUGGUGCUAUCAGAACACCAGAUGGCAAGGCCAAGACGAGUAGUAUCAGCACGAAUUCGGCCUCACCUAGCCAUCAAGCACAAGCACCAUCGAGCCCGUAUGUUGGCGGGUCGUCAAACAGCAUGGUAUCACCGAGGAAGCAGCUCUAUGAAGAUGAAGGAUCCUACUUGACCGCCACGACCACAUCCUCAAGCCAUCACUCCAUGGGCGACAGUGUGAUAACGACUGAUUCGGGGGACAGCUUGACGAAUGAAUAUUACCCCCUGGGCAGCCCGACGCACGUUGUCAGCAAUGCCAAUUACCCUUACCACGCCGUCAGUCCAGGCGCGAGACCGCGUCUGUGGAAGGAUAUCCCCGUGUUCGACAAGUACCAGGGCACACUGGUCGAGCAGGACGCCCGGGCGAAGGCGGCCAAGGAGGAAGCCGCGCGCAUGUACCGCGAACGUAGAGAGAAGAAGCUCGCCGCCAAGGCGGAGAGAAAGGAGGCGAAAAAGUUGCAGAAGCUCGAGGAGGAUGAGAUGAAGAAGAAGCAGCAGCAGCAGCGGAAGGUGCAGAAUGAUGACCACAACGAAGAUGUGUCACCAGUCCGGCAGCCUCUGAUCGCGACUCUUCCCCUGCUGGUGGUGAGAGAGGAUGAUGAUGGUGAUGUAGUAGGAAAUCCGCCAGGGGGUGAGGAGACAGCCCCGCGGAAGCAGCAGUCUCUGCCAGCGUUGAGGAAUAAGACUUCCGCACGGGUUUUGGCGAGCAUGUAGGGGCCGAAUGUUUAAGCUGGUGCCCGGUCGGGCCGGAGGAUGCAGUGAAACCUUGGGAGCGUGGUUGCAUGCACGAAGGGUACUCGGCAAUUUGUUGUAAUGUUUGAAGAGGUGAU